GCCCUCGGGGCCUGCUAGCACAUCCAUCAGGCUGCUUGUUCUCCAUUUUCGAAGACGAUCAUACGGCUAGCCUGCUAACAUGAGCCACGAGCUACGCGCGGAGAAGGAUGGCCCUGCCCUACCCCAGCCCGCUGUACAGCAGGAUUCGCCCGGCACUAUUCUCCACACCGCACAACUCUUUGCGAACCCUCGUGAGGUCUUCUCGUAUCGCCAUUGGAUGGGCAAUGUCGACCCGGCGCAAUCGUCAUUCCCGCUUGCAGCGUACUGCUUCAUGACUGGGUUCAUCGACUCGGUAUCUUUCACCGCCGUCUUCGUCUGGUGCGGCUUCCAGACCGGCAACUCCGUCCAGCUCGCCCUCGCCCUCGCCCGCCUCUUCUCCGGCCCGCCCGGGCAGCGCGACACCUCCUUCCACAUCGCCGACAAGCAGGCGCUCACGUCCCUGCUCACGUUCAUCGCCGGGGCGACCAUCGGGCGGAUCGGAGACCGGAUGGGCGCGCAGACACGCGCAUGGCUCUUCCUGGGCACGCUCAUUCAGGCGCUGUUCACGAUGGCCGCGGCGCUGACGGCGUGGAAGAGCGGGCAGGGGAGCGUCGCGGAGGUCAGAGGGAACCCGGCGUGGACGAACGCGGACACGUUCGUCGCGAUUGGGUUCAUGAGCGCGAGCAUGGGCCUACAGGGGAUCAUGGGCAAGAGGGUGAACACGCAGUUCACGACCACUGUCGUCCUCACCACCGUUUGGUGCGAGCUCAUGGCGGACCCGAAGCUCUUCCAGCUCAACCGCUUCGUCAUUACCCGCGACCACAAGUUCAUUGCGAUCAUCGCGCUCUUCCUGGGCGGUUUCGUCGGCCGGGCAAUCAUCGACGCCGCGGGCGCUGCGACCACUCUUGGGGUCGGCACCGGGCUGCGCGUGCUCAUCGCGAUCUGGUGGAUCUUCGUUCCCGGGAAGCAGCCCAAGGGCAGCAAGAACUCAUCUUGAGAGCUUGAGAGUUAGAGCAGCUUGGCUGUCGCCUACGGGAGCCUCGGGCAGGAGGCAGGCUUUUAGCAUCCCGGAGUCGGGUAGAAUGGGCUGAGGGGAGUUGGGGAUGAGCGAUUGUGAGUUAUUGCCGUACAUUGGCUUAGAGCUAGCUGGCAUUGCGGUGGGAUGGGACGACCGUCUGUAGAUCUCAGGGUUUUACAGGGUGGGUGGUUGCCUGAGGGUGGUAUUGGUAGGCGCCGGCUAAUUUUUGUAGAGAUGACAGCCUCAUAGACAUGUUUCCUGUUCCUGUUCAUCUGCCCACACACUCAUACCCACUGACAAUUGAGAUUCAACGCGUUCCGUA